CCUUUAAAUACACUCAGCUAAACCACUCAAUUUCAAUACACAUAAUCAGAAUACAUUAUGGUGGAAAAAGUUCGUUUCUCCAUCGUCUUAUGUCUCUCAGCUUGUUUAAUUAUAACCAUCCAUUUCCCAGAGGUAAAUGGUGCAAGGAGACAACCACAAGAUAACCUUAUCCUCAAUAGCCCCGAAAAGCUCUUUGUUUUCGGUGACUCCUAUGCUGACACGGGUAAUUGGCCACCUACUGAUGCUUCCAGGCCUUGGAGGGAACCUUAUGGUAUGACUUUCCCCGGCAAACCUUCGGGCAGAUGGUCCGAUGGUCGCGUUCUCACCGAUUACAUAGCUGCAUAUCUGGGAAUAGGAUCCCCACAGCCCUACAGUUUGUGGAAAGGGGAUGAGGAAGCAAAGCAAUAUGGAAUGAAUUUUGCAUAUGGAGGGACAGGGGUGUUUGACACAUACGUUGACGGUCCGAACAUGACGACACAAAUAAACUAUCUGCAACAACUCCUUCAACAAAAUGCGUACACCAAACACGACCUCACAUCGUCCGCAGCUCUUGUCUCUUUGGUCGGGAAUGACUAUUCUAAUUACAAUGGAAAUUUGAAUGAGUUUGUCGACUCCAUUACGAAGCAGUUUUGUUUGGACCUUAAACGCAUUUAUGAGAUGGGAAUCCCCAAAGUAGCAGUGACAGCAAUGCAACCUUUGGGAUGCCUACCCUUGGUAGCAUUUUCAAGUGGCAAGUACCCAUACUGCGACGAACAUACAAACAACAUUACGAGGUUUCACAAUCAAAUGUUAAAACAAAAGGUAGAGAAACUCAACGACCAAACGGAGGGGUCACCAUUUGUUAUUCUUGAUCUCUACGUUGCCUUCACGUCUGCCAUGAACAUUCAACACAACCAUCCAGGGAAAUCUAGUUUCCCACAUCCAUUGCUGCCAUGUUGCUUUGGUAAAUGUGGGGACGUUGAUGAGAGUGGAAAGAAAGAAUAUGGAUUGUGCGAUGAUCCAAAGAUGGCAUUCUUCUGGGAUAUGGCACACCCAUCACAACAAGGCUGGUUUGCUAUUUAUUCUGCUUUAAAAUCUUCUCUUCCCCAUCUGUUUCAUCACCCUCAGCAGGAGGCCCCAAUUGUUUAGACAAUUCAAUGUUCAAAAUGCUAAUAAGAGAUCGAAGAUGCUUAUUAACAUUGAAUAAUAAGAUCGAUCAACCAUCCUAUUAGCAUUAUUAGCAUCUUCACCCUUGUUUUUCUCAUCUACCUUUUGCUCUACUUAAAUAUAUCUAUACACUAGUGUAAUCCGCCA